AAGAAAGAAGAGAUGGCCUUGAAGGUAGCUGUACUACUGAGCUGUGUGCUAGGAAUUGGUACCCUGACCCUGGAGGAUCCUGAAGAUGGAGGCAAGCAUUGGGUUGUCAUUGUGGCUGGUUCCAAUGGUUGGUAUAACUAUAGGCACCAGGCUGAUGCAUGCCAUGCUUACCAAAUUGUGCACCGGAAUGGUAUACCAGAUGAACGCAUCAUUGUCAUGAUGUAUGAUGACAUUGCUUAUAAUGAUGACAAUCCAACCAAAGGGAUUAUUAUUAAUCGACCAAAUGGCACAGAUGUAUACAGAGGAGUAAUAAAGGAUUACACAAAUGAUGAUGUUACGCCAGAGAACUUCCUUGCCGUGCUAAGGGGUGAUGCUGAAGCAGUAAAGAAUACAGGAUCAGGAAAAGUAUUACGAAGGUAAUAGGAAAAAGGACAGACUAGGUUCCC